UCUAAACUUUGAGUUUAAUGGAACAAUUGCCAACUUUCCUUUUUGGCGUUUUGGGGAACAAGUACUUCUUGUUUGUUGAGCAGAAUCCGAAACACAUAUACUGUUGUAAAAUUAGUAGAUGGUUUUUAUUCUUCUUUCUUUUUGGCGAAGUAUUAAAAUAUUACUUAUUUAUUUUUCGUUUAUUCAUGUGAAGUUGUUUCACCCUAUUCAUGAGAAAGCAUUUUACCUAACGGUGGAGCAUAAAAGGAACCUGAAAGCACAAUAUGGAAUUAAACCAUGGACUUUUAUUCAGAAGUUAGGAGAUGCAGUUAUUGUACCAGCUGGCUGCCCUUAUCAAGUUAGGAAUUUAAAGUCGUGCACCAGUGUCUCUGCUAACUUUGUUUCAGCAGAAAGUGUUGGUGAGUGCAUCCGUCUAUCGACGGAAUAUCGGCGUCUCCCUCACAGUCAUAGUUCUAAAGACAACAAAUUGCAGGUGAAAACACUGGUUCUCUAUGCCGUAUGCCAAGCUGUGCAAUACUUGGAAAGGAUUGAUCUUAAUAAUACCUUAAGAAAUCCGUUUGAGCACGAGAAUGUACAGCCAGGAGAGAGACCUAGUCGUUCACAAGUGAGGAGGGAGUUGGAGAGGAUGAAAUUGGCUCUCCAGACGAAAGGCCACCUUUUUCAAACGCAUAUGAAAGACUAUCUUUUGAAAGAGAUUGCGCUCCUCACCGACAGAAUAAACUCCAGUGCUGGCUCUUCUUCGUCUUAGUGCCAGCAUUUUCAAUGGCCUGUUAGCAGUGGAUAUUGGGCAUAGGUAUUCUUUAACAAAUCCGUCCGGUAUAUUUUAUAUCUUUCCAAAAUGUAUAUUGUUGCCAGCUAAGAUUGGUCAACGCUGAUACGUUAGAUGAGCUGGCGUGGCGUGGCUGGAUAAGGCACAAUUUGUUGCGAAUCGCUGCAUUGGCUGCCGGCCUUAUCACGUUGCUAAUGAAGGAAAAUUCAGAUGAAGUGGCCCAAUCUGAAGGGGAGAUACGUAUACCUAGUCUUGCAGAAGUGAAGAGGGAAUUGGAGAGGAUGAAAUUGAUUCUCGAAACAAAAGGCCACCUUAUUGACCCUCAUAUGAAAGCCUAUCUUUUGCAAGAGAUUUUGGGCCUCCUUAACAAAGUAAACACCUCCGCCGUCGAGUCUUCUACGUCUCAGUGAAACCAUAUCUACCGAUGCGUUAACGUUUUUCAUACUGUAAUUUUGGGCUAUCUUUUUUCUUUUCGUUUUUUGUGAGUUGUAAUGACUUUAGCGAAUCGGAAUGGACAUGAAUUUUUUUUGUUUUUUAUUAUAAAAUAUAUCUU